UGUUAGUUGAAGCGUUCGGAGCUACGUGAUCGCACUAGAAAUAUUUAAUAUUUUUAAUAAAAAUAUUUUAAUAGUUUUUUUUUGGAAUUUUAAUUAAAAGAAUAAUUCAUUACAUAUCACCCAAUAUCGCAUGUACGCCAGAUCAUGACUCGCUUUUCAAUAAACGGCACACCGUACACUGUAAAUCUUGCUAGUUUACCGGCGGAUAUCACCUUGAACACUUUCAUCCGAGAACAUGCCGGUCUGCCAGCAACGAAAUUCAUGUGCCAGGAAGGUGGCUGUGGCGUUUGUGUUUGUGCCGUAACCGGCAAGCAUCCAGCGACGGGUGACAUACGCACUUGGGCAGUGAAUUCAUGUUUGACCUUGCUUAACAGCUGCGCCGAUCUCGAAAUAACUACUUCUGAAGGCCUUGGCAACAAACGUGAGGGCUAUCAUGCCAUACAACAACGUUUGGCGAAAAUGAAUGGUACUCAAUGUGGGUACUGUUCACCAGGUUUCGUUAUGAAUAUGUAUGCUCUGCUGGAAUCGAAAAAUGGUAAAGUCACUAUGGAAGAAGUUGAAAAUUCUUUCGGUGGCAAUAUUUGUCGCUGUACUGGCUAUCGUCCUAUAUUGGAUGCUAUGAAAUCUUUUGCUGUCGAUAGUAAUAUUGAAGUACCAGCAGAAUGCCAAGAUAUUGAGGAUUUAAAAACGAAAACAUGUCCAAAAACUGGUGGACGCUGCAGUGGUACUUGCAAUGGCAUAAAAAAACGUUUAACCUUCGACGAUGGCAGUCAAUGGUUUUGGCCAAAAUCUGUUGCUGAUAUUUUUAAUGCUUUUGAACAGUUGGGAGGACAAAAGUAUAUGUUAGUUGCUGGAAAUACAGCUCACGGUGUUUAUAGACGCUCGAACGAUAUUAAAACUUUUAUUGAUGUAAAUGGCGUAGCCGAACUUAAGAAAUAUGCACUCACUAAAGAUACGCUUACUCUUGGCGGUAAUCUUAGCUUAACAGAGGCUAUGGAAAUUUUCACAGAAGCUGCCAAAACAUCUGGUUUUGAGUACUGUAAACAGUUGUGGCAACAUUUUGAUUGGAUUGCUAAUGUGCCGGUUAGAAAUACUGGUACAUUGGCUGGAAACUUUGCUAUCAAACAUGAGCACAAAGAUUUUCCCUCUGAUAUUUUCAUAGCAUUUGAGGCCUUAGAUGUGAAAAUUGUGAUCAAUGAGUCUGCAACUGUGCAGAAAACUCUAUUACUUACUGAAUAUUUGAAGACGCCUAUGUUAAAGAAAGUAAUAACUGCUUUCAUCUUGAAACCUUAUCCCAAGGAGUCUUUUAUUUUUGAUUCUUAUAAGAUCAUGCCACGUGCCCAAAAUGCACACGCCUAUGUUAACGCUGCAUUUUUAGUCGAUAUAGAGAAACCGAAUUACAAAGUACGUUCAGCUAGAGUUUGUUUUGGUGGCAUAAAUGCAGAUUUCAUACACGCCGAGUCCGUAGAACGUUUAUUAGCAGGAAAAAGCAUAUUUGAUCAUGGCACUUUAUAUCAAGUAUUCUCAGAAUUGGAAAAAAAACUUGAUCCGGUUGCUGUUCUUCCCGAUCCAUCUCCAGCAUACCGUCGUAAACUUGCUUAUGGUUUACUAUACAAAUUUGUAUUGAAACAUGCACCUGCUGGCACUGUGCCAGAAAAACUGAAAACUGGUGGUAAUCUACUGUAUAGACCAGUUUCAACUGGUAAACAAAUUUUUGAAACUAUUGAAAAUAAUUAUCCGGUUACCAAACCCACUGAGAAGCAUGAAGGCAUAAUACAAACUUCUGGUGAAGCUACAUAUGCUAAUGAUUUACCAGUGCAACCAAAUCAAGUUUGGGUUGCUUUUGUUACAGCAAAAAAAAUUGGUGCGACGGUAACAAAUAUUGAUACUUCUGAAGCCAUGAAGUUACCUGGAGUCGUGGCUUUCUUUACUGCAAAGGACAUACCUGGCGUAAAUAAUGUUGUUGUUAAGGAAUCAUUCUUCUUUCCAUCAGAGGAAGAACUCUUUGCAACUGGUGCUAUUAAAUUUUAUAAUCAACCCAUCGGCGUUAUAGUAGCGGAAUCUAAUGCUUUAGCCAAUCGUGCUGCAGAAUUAGUUAUGGUGACUUAUUCUGGAGGUAGCACAGAGAUUUUGCCUACAUUAAAUGAUGUAUUAAGCAAUGAUUCUGCUUCAAAUAGAUAUAAACAUGUGAUUAAAUCUCAAAUAGAGGAAUUAAAACUAACUGAGAAGUAUGAUCUAAGUGCCACUGGCAAAUUAGACAUGGGGCUGCAAUAUCACUACUACUUGGAACCACAAACUAGUGUUAUAGUGCCUUUCGAAGGUGGUCUACAAGUGUACACUGCCACACAAUGGAUGGAUCUUAUACAAAUUAUCAUAGCAAAUCUUCUUAAUAUCAAGAACAAUGAAGUACAACUUAAAGUUAGACGGAUUGGUGGUGGUUAUGGCGGUAAGGCUACACGUUGUAAUCCAGCGGCUUGUGCUGCAGCUCUAGUAGCAUAUAAAUUGAACCGCCCAGUACGGUUCGUACAAUCGUUAGAGUCAAUAAUGAAUACUUUAGGCAAGCGUUGGGCAGCUCACAUUGAUUAUGAAUUCUUUGUCAAGAAUAAUGCUAAAAUUGUGGGCAUAAGUAGCAAAUUCUACGAAGAUGCAGGAUACUUACCGAAUGAAGCACCUAUUGGGCAUACAGUUAUGCUAUCCAAAAAUUGUUAUGAAUUCACUAACAAUUAUAAAUUGGACGGGUAUAUGGUAUUUACUGAUGCGCCAAGUAACACACCCUGUCGUGCGCCUGGUUCAGUAGAAGGUAUUGCUUUGAUUGAAAACAUGAUUGAACAUAUAGCAUUUGAAACUGGAGUGGAUCCAGUUGAUGUGCGUUUGGCUAAUUUAAUAACAGCACAUAAGAUGCGUGAUAUGUUGCCACGUUUUGUAAACUCCACAGAAUACAGCAAACGUAAGCAACAGAUCAGUGAUUUUAAUAAGAAAAAUCGUUGGAUUAAAAAAGGUUUGGGUAUGGCAAUUAUGGAAUAUCACAUAGGUUAUUUUGGACAAUAUCCAGCAACUGUUGCUAUUUACCAUGGGGAUGGUACUGUUGUGAUAUCACAUGGUGGUAUUGAGAUGGGCCAGGGUAUGAAUACGAAAAUCGCGCAAGUUGCAGCUUUUGUAUUGGGUAUUCCGAUGGAAAUGAUUAAAAUUGAAGGCAGUGACACAAUUAAUGGAGCAAAUUCGAUGGUAACUGGUGGUGCAGUGGGUAGUGAAACACUUUGCUUUGCCGUACGUAAAUGUUGUAACACUUUAAAUGAACGUUUGAAGCCAGUGAAGGAAGAAUUGAAAGAUGCCGACUGGCAGAAAAUAAUCAAUGAGGCCUACAAUCGCAAGAUUAACUUGAUUGUCAACGAUGACUGUAAACAAGGUGAUAUGGAUCCAUACACUGUUUGUGGUCUUUGUCUUACCGAAGUCGAGGUGGAUAUAUUAACUGGCAACUAUUUGAUUAAUCGUGUUGACAUACUUGAAGACACUGGCGAAAGUUUGAAUCCUAAUGUUGAUAUUGGACAAAUUGAAGGAGCAUUUUUGAUGGGCUUAGGCUACUGGACCACUGAACAAAUGGUAGUUGAUAAAGUUAAUGGAGAGUUGAAAACAAAUCGUACUUGGAAUUAUAAACCACCGGGUGCUAGAGAUAUUCCAAUUGAUUUCCGCGUGGAGUUAUUACCACAAAGUGCAAAUCAAGCAGGAUUUAUGAGAUCGAAAGCCACUGGCGAGCCCGCAAUUUGCUUGGCAAUUGCAGUUGUCUUCGCUCUACAAGAAGCAUUGCAAUCUGCACGUACUGAUGCAGGUUUGAAGAAAGCUUGGGUACCACUAAACGCACCAAUGACUCCAGAGCAUAUUGUGCUGAAUGCUGGCACAGAUGUUAGCAUGCUGCAAUUAUAAGUAUUAAUAUUUUAGGAUAA